GAUUGUUAUCUGCGUAGCGCGGCGCCCGUGGUCGAGAGGGCACUUAGGCAAAGGCUUGCGGGCGUCUACGCCGCCAGGCGACAGGCUAAGUCGCUGGCGUCGAAAGCGAUACGAUGAGUCCCUCAGAACCCUCAACACUCAGCAGGUCCUCCUUCGGCCGAAAAUGGUGUGAACCCGAUUUGCAAGUCCAACAAACUUCAACACUCUACGCGGAUGCGCUCCACCUGGACCCCGCCGCCACGCUCGACGACCUCCGCGAGGCCGUGGCGACGCUCGAGGAGAUCGAACCGACCGCGCGGCGCGUGCUCGGCGGUGCGCACCCGACCACAACGUUGAUUGAUGAAUCCUUGCGACGCUCGCUUGUGACGCUCGGAGCCGCGCUCCGCGCCCGCGGCACGCCAUCGCUUCCCGAGAACGCCGCCGACGACUAA